AUGAUUCUGCCACCCAUCGAUGGGGGUGUGCGUGCGGCACCCGCGCAGCCGCGCAGCGACAAACGGAGGCCCUCCGAGCCAGAGAGGUCCACCUCGUUGAAGGCCGUCCAGUUGAAGAGUCAAAUCAAGGCCAAAUUUCAUGAGCUUGAUGUCAACAAGGAUGGCUGCUUGUCGUUCGAGGAGCUGACUGUGUUCCUGGGAUGUUUGUCUACGAAGCUCACAGAGAAGGAGGUGCGCGAGAUCUUCAGGACCAUGGAUCGAAACAGAGACGAGAAGGUUCAGUUCGAUGAGUUCGUUGAUUUCAUCUUCAGCAGUGAGAUGGACAAGAACCCGCGCUUGCUUGCAGAUGUGGAGGCAGCCGCGAAGCGCAGCACAAACAAUGUGGCACGCGUGGAGUCGGCUGCAGCCCGCGAGAGAUCUGAGCGCCUACAUGCGGAAAAGGCAGGUCGUGAUCGUCUUGGGCGUCUGGAAGGGCGCUAUGCCUUCCGUUGGCAGGGGGACGCGGAUGAGGCAGAGUCCUUCGAGCUGAUCCUCCGUGAGUCCGGAAAGUUUGAAAGCCUGUACUUCUCGCAGCUCGGCGCGGGAAUGACAGACAAGGAGAAUCACAGUGGUGCUUGGGAAGUCUCAGCCACAGAACGCGAGAUCCUGCUCUACAAGGAGGGUGGUGGGCCAGUCGAGCGCUGGGCUUUGGAUGCGCAUGGUGAUCUCGAUGCCGGAAAAGACUUUGCGCUGUCGAAACAGCGCAUGGUCCUGCGGUCAGAUGACGACUGUCUAGCAUGA